AUGUGUGCGCGUCUCGAUGCCGAUAUCGCGGAUCAGCCUUUCGCGGUGGACUCGCCGGUCGCUGUCUUGAGGUAUUUUCCGAGCAAUGAACGCCAUAUAAGCGGUCCGCAGGGCAUAGUAGAGCUAUAUGACGAGAAAGGGUGCAAGAGUCGUAGAGGAGUCGCCUCAUUAAGAGCUUUUCUGUCCUUCCGAGGGGAUGAGUUCGCCUCGGAUGAGGCGGUUAUACGCCGGGAGGCGUACGUGGAGGCGUUGGACUGCAACAGUUACAAGGUGGAGUUGUGUCUAAGGUACAUGGUCGAGAUCGCUGGCGUUUGGACGCUUUCCGUGCUUCUUCCUUCUGGGGAGCAUAUCGCAGGUUCGCCAUUCGAUAUCAACGUCGAGCCUUCUGAGGCGUCUUCGUAUACGUCAACACUGACAUGCGUGCCGCAGAAAGGCUAUUCAUCGCAACAGAAGGAGUUUAUCAUAACCGCGAAAGAUAACUUCGGCAACAAGCUUCGCACGGGGGGAACGCCUUUCGUAGCCACGUGCAUCGGUGCGGCGAAGUUGAUCUCGCUUUUCGACUGCAAGAACGGCCAGCACCGGGUGAUAUGUGACGCGGAGGACACGGCGUCUUUCAGCCAGUUGCGCGUCACUUUGAUGGGCAAGGACAUAUCCAAUUCGCCCUUCGUCUUAUCUGCAAAACCACAAUCUACCGCGUCUGCUGCUGAGCCGGACCGGUUUUUGCUUGAGCUCGGCAAAUUAAAGACGCAAUCGGCGAAGAGCAACGCAUUGUACAAAUCUUACGGUCGAAUUUCCGCUUCCCUCGUGAAAGAACAGCGUGAAGCAACGAAGUCGUACCACUCGACGAGGUUGCAGAUCGUACACACGCUACCGGUGAAGUUCACCAUCGAGGAUCCCGACCCCACGCUUGGAGAUAAGCGAAAGGAACUCAUUGCACGGCACAACCAACUUACUGCCGAAAUCGAGGAAUUGUCGGCCAAGGUGCGCGCCGCGGAGACCGUGCGCAAAGAGGUGCUCGACAGCUUGGUGGAACGCUACGACAGAUCCACGAAGCUCCACAAGGAGGCGGUUGAUGCAUACAAGGUUGUUCGUCGCGAGAUUGGAGAGCUCACGUCUUCGACCAAGGAGAACCGGCGACUUGCUGAUGCGUUACGUAGCGGUGAUAUGGAGGCCGUUAGGAAAGUGCAAGAGAUGCGAACAAUGGAAGACACGGUCGCCGCCUACUAUCGCGGCACCGAAAAGGCUGAGAACACCAGGCAGCGCGUCCAACUAGUCAGCCGUCAGUACAUGUCCAACGAAAUAUCGUCUCAUAUGAUCUCAACCACACCAGACCGCCCCAAUACGCCGGCGUUCUGGAUGAUGGAAGGACGAUUCAAACCGUCAAACAAGAUACAGGAUGAGUAG